GCUGCAGCCGGUUACAGGCUGGACGGUCCUGCGUGACUUUGCAGGUUACUCGUUGGUUCAGUUCUGGAGGAUCUCGGGUAAUAAAAGGCGGGUUUAUUUCCUCCUCGUGUUUUAGAUGAAGUGCUGAGAGCAAGCUCGAUAUUACCAAUCAAAUGAUCUAACCUGGACUUUGAUCAGACUUUUCCGCGAACUCUUCGUUCUAGUCUGAACUGGACACACCGUCAGUCCGUCAGUCAGUUCCCUGCAGCGGACCACAGAGUAAGCAGCGCGAUGCAAGAUGUCGGCUGUUCGGAUAACAGAGGGGCGCGUGCAGGUGGAGGGCUGCAAAGCGCCGCUGUUCUACAGACAGAGUGAACCUACUGAAGGGGAAGUGAGGAUGUCCGUUUUGCUUCUUCACGGCAUCCGUUUCUCAUCAGAAAACUGGCUCAGCAUCGGCACUCUGGAGACUCUGGCCAGAGCAGGAUGCCGUGCAGUCGCCAUCGACCUGCCAGGACUCGGCCACUCUAAGUCAGCCGAGGCCCCGGCAGCGGUGGGCCAGCUGGCUCCCGCCGGCUUCCUGAAAGAGGUGUGUGAGCAGCUGAUCCUGAGCCCGGUGGUGGUGAUCAGCCCGUCCCUCAGUGGGAUGUACUCCCUGCCCUUCCUCCUCCAGCAUCAGGCUCUGAUACGAGCCUACAUCCCCGUUGCUCCCAUCUGCACCGAGAACUUCACAGCAGAGCAGUACCAGAGUGUAAAGGUCCCAUCUCUAAUCGUUUACGGCGACCAGGACACUCAGCUGGGAGAACUGUCACUGAACAACCUGAGAAAUCUGGCCAAUCACAGCGUGGUGGUGAUGAGAGGAGCGGGUCACCCUUGUUACCUGGACGACCCAGACACUUGGCACAAAGCUCUCACCGACUUCCUAAAUACGCUGUGAAAUCAGUGGAGAUACUCAUCAACAACAGUCCGACAUAAAGGAUUCAGAGGAGCCACACAAAAAUACACAAUAUUAAUUCUAGAGAAAUUUAGGCCGCAAACGUCAACCUGAUUUUGACUUUUUAAAUAAUACCUGUAAAAAGACUAAGAUGUGAAAGAAGAGAAACGAGGCUCAAACUUUUAAAUAUCCUAUUUAGCGUAUACGAAUAAGAGCGACAGCAUAAUUUACGGGGUUGGAUAACCAGCAUAUAUGACCUUUCAGUGACACCAUAGCUCUAAUCCCUUUUUGGCAAGAGAACAAUUUCAUUUUGUAUGUUUUUAUCUAAACAUAAUUAACCUAGUGAAAAAAUCUGAGUUGGUUAUAAUCUAGGGCAGAGAGCAGUUUACCCCAGAGUGAUUACAUCUCCUACAAUGUCACUAAAAUGGUUAUUUAUGUCAAAAAAUUACAAAUGUAAAAUUACCAGUUAUAUUAUUAAAAACAUGGUUGUGUUUUGUUCUUGUAGGGGUAUCUGAAAAAACUAAAGCCCUUUUAGAGGAUUUAUGCCCUUACAAGUCAAUAACUGUCUCCACUACCGUUGACAUCUAAAUUACGCCCCUGAACAUGAAUCGUGUUAAUAGUCUCGUCUCUUUAACCCUUGUGUUGCCUUAGGGUCAUUUUGACCCGAAUCAAUAUUACACCCUCCCCCCGCCUUUGGGUCAUUUUGACCCGAUUCAAUGUUUCACCCUCCUGUUACCUUUAUAUUUACUAACAUAUUUUACCCUUUGGGUUCAAUUUGACGCCAGCAAUUAAAACCUCCAGAAAAUUAUUAGAAUUAAUAUUGUUUUCCAAGUUUAAGUGUGAGGCACUUUAUGUUUGUUUGUUGACUACCGAAAGAACACCGACAUUAAACAUUGAAUGGGGUCAAAUUAAUCCUAA